CCAGAAGCAGUCCAUCUACUAGCGAGUUCAAAAUCUUCCCAACCAUCCUUCGGCACUCGUUCUGAACCACAUGAUGCUGCGUCAGCAGGUUGAGGUCUAUUCAUAUCAUAGGCUAGGCCUCAUGUGCACGAUAGAUGCGUGCCCAUGUGACGUCGAUUUGAAUAGCCAGCAGUCCAUUCACCACAUAAACCCGCUCUUUUCCAGCUGUCUAAAUGUCCCUCUAUCACUCGUCGCAAUGCCUUGGGAGUCGAUCAAGCUGAAUUCUGGAUAUUACAUUCCAAGUAUCGGAUUCGGUACUUGGACGCUAGGUAAUGGCCAAGGACCUAUCGACCAGGUUGAACAAGCUCUGGAAAAUGGGUACAACCAUAUCGACACUGCGCAAUCCUACAGGAAUGAAGGAGAAACUGGGGAUGCUUUGAAAGAAAGCGGGCUUUCUCGCUCGGAUGUCUUUGUGACCACUAAGUACUCUGGUACAAAUGGCCUCGACAUCCCAACUUCUAUCAGGAACAGUGUCAACAGCCUUGGGUUAUCGUAUGUCGACCUUUAUCUGGUCCAUUCCCCGCGCCUGGCAGUACCUGACAUCCCUACAUGUUGGGCGCAAAUGGAAAAGGUCAAGGAAGAGGGACUUGCUAAGAGCAUUGGUAUCAGCAACUUUGGCGUCCAAGACAUGGAAAUUUUGUUGGGGUCUGCGAAGAUUAAGCCUGUGGUCAACCAGAUUCUCCUUCAUCCAUACGUCUAUAGGCAACAGAAACCUAUCCUUGAGUAUGCCGCGAAGAAUGAAAUCGUCAUCGAGGCCUACAGCGCGCUAAUCCCCAUUACAAAGUUACCUGGCGGUCCUUUGGAAAAACCGUUGAACGAAAUCGCCGCAAAGUUCGGUGUAACGACCGACCAAGUCCUUCUGGCGUGGACGAAAGCUAAGGGGGGCCCUUUGUCUGCAGAGGAUAUUGCUGCCAUUGACGCUGCGGGCGCUUUGGGCGAGAAGAAAGCAAAUAUGAAGACUAUAUUGAAAAGGGUUGUCGUAGGUGCAAUUGCUUGUACCGCAGUCUUUGGGGCAUGCAACUUCCUCGGCAUCAACAUGAUGUGAAGUGGUCGUUAGCUUUUGAAAAUACUCAUAUGUCUCUAGUACUUGUUCAUUAUCCCGCCAAUCCAGCAAAAUAUGUUCCAUGCUGCAUGACUACUCAAAUAGAACCAUUCUCAGAAGUUUCCCACCCUUACUUCUAAACCAUGCUUGUUCACAAUCAUUCAUUCUAGAUAGAUAAGCCCCAUGAUUCAACAACUCAUGUCAGAGCGAGCUGGAUCUAUUCAUAUCGCUAGGUCCCAUGUGCAUGAUAGACAUGUGCCCCUGGGUUGUCAGCUGUUA